UUAUACCGGAGAACUGUCCGGAUAGCUCUCUUAUCUCCUCUUUCGCUCUGAGCGGCUGUUCUGCAGAAUAUGCUCAGCAAAACCAUGUAAACCCAAUCUGCUCUCCCAUUAGUGCAGCAGCAGAGAGAGAGAGAGAGAGAGAGAGAGAGAGAGAGAGAGAGAGACGGGGAGCGAGGGAGCAAUGGUCGGCAGCAAUCAGCUAUUGCUCUCGUUGCCGCCCCCUUGGGCACACUCUCCCCGCAAUCUUAGCAGAGGAAGAAACGAUAGAAUCGGAGGAGUACCAAUCAACAAAAAAUUAGUCAAAUUUCAGGUCAGAUGUAACUUGGAAGAUGAAAUAAAGGGUAAAGAUGAUGUUAGAUCCUCAUAUCAAGGAGAGAGAUUAGAGACAAAGACCUCAAGGCGUAAAUCCAUUGCCUGUUUCUGUGCAUCUCUGGUGUUAAUAAAUCUUUCAGUUGGUACAUUCAAUGGAGUUGCAUCAGACCUGAUUGAUGGUUCAUUGAAAGAAAAACCUGUUUGUCGAAAUUGUGGGGGCACAGGUGCUAUAAUAUUACCAAUCAACAAAAAAUUAGUCAAAUUUCAGGUCAGAUGUAACUUGGAAGAUGAAAUAAAGGGUAAAGAUGAUGUUAGAUCCUCAUAUCAAGGAGAGAGAUUAGAGACAAAGACCUCAAGGCGUAAAUCCAUUGCCUGUUUCUGUGCAUCUCUGGUGUUAAUAAAUCUUUCAGUUGGUACAUUCAAUGGAGUUGCAUCAGACCUGAUUGAUGGUUCAUUGAAAGAAAAACCUGUUUGUCGAAAUUGUGGGGGCACAGGUGCUAUAAUAUGUGACAUGUGUGGGGGCACUGGAAAAUGGAAAGCUCUCAACAGAAAACGAGCAAAAGAUGUAUAUGAAUUCACUGAGUGUCCUAACUGCUAUGGUCGAGGGAAAUUGGUCUGCCCCGUUUGUUUGGGCACCGGUUUGCCGAACAACAAGGGAUUUCUCCGACGACCCGAGGCACGAAAAUUACUCGACAAGAUGUACAAUGGAAGGCUUCUUCCCGGGCAAUAGGUAUUCACCCUCAUCAGCUCACACACUGGACUUCAAAGAAGAUUUACAUGCAUGACGCCCGGAGGCAGAACCAGAGACCUAUCUCAGUGUGGGCAAUUGCUCAUCUGAAUUUUAUCAGAGAAGAGUUAUGGAUAUAUAUAUUUUUUUUUGUUGCAUUAUUUAGAAGCAUAAGUUAAGCAGAAUAACUCAAUGCUAAUCAUCUCGAGUUCAUAUAUAUAUUUUUAUUU